GUGUGACCUAUUUCCACAACACUUAAAGAAAACUAACGGGUUGUAUCUCCUCAUCGCUUUGGACGCAGUUUGUUGCUAAUUAAUUGCAAAUAUUUGUCUGCGAAAACGUAAGAUUCGUAUCAGCUCCCAAACAAAAAUAAAUAAAUCACAUUGACGAGUGACGCAGCCUUCCCCACACAAAAAUAAAUAAAUAAAUAAAUAAAUCGUGUUCGUAAUUUUAAGAAAUUCCCCUUUUCUCAAUUACUAAUCAUAAUAUAUCCAUUCGGCAUUCGCUUCUCUCCAUAUGCAAUCCAACUAAUUCCAUUAUCUUCAGGAUUAGUGAGGAGAGAAAAAUAAAAUGGUAAAAUCUACGCAAUAUGAUAGAUUUUCAAAGGAUUUUGUAAUGGGUGGCGUAGCAGCAAUCAUAUCAAAGAGUGCAGUGGCACCAAUUGAGAGAGUGAAGCUUUUAUUACAAAACCAAAGUGAAAUGAUUAAAAGAGGACACCUCAAAACGCCAUACCUUGGUCUCUCUAAUAGCUUUAAGAGGGUCUUCAUGGAAGAGGGUCUCAUUGCCUUUUGGAGAGGCCACCAGGCCAAUGUUAUUAGAUAUUUCCCCACCCAGGCUUUCAAUUUUGCAUUCAAAGGUUACUUCAAAAGCAUCUUUGGAUAUUCCAAAGAGAAAGACGGGUACAUUAAGUGGUUUGCUGGGAAUGUGGCUUCAGGCAGUGCCGCGGGAGCGACUACUUCAAUGCUUUUGUAUCAUUUAGACUUUGCACGUACAAGAUUGGCCACUGAUGCAGUAGAGUGCCGUGUUACUGGUCAGCGUCAGUUUACAGGACUAAUUGAUGUAUAUCGCAAAACAUUAUCAAGUGACGGAAUUGCUGGCUUGUACAGAGGAUUUGGGGUUUCAAUAUUGGGAAUCACCUUGUAUCGAGGGAUGUACUUUGGGAUCUAUGACACCAUGAAGCCUAUUGUUUUAGUUGGGCCUUUUGAGGGGAAAUUUUUAGCUAGUUUCUUGUUAGGUUGGAGCAUCACAACUGUAUCUGGUGUCUGUGCAUACCCUUUUGACACACUGCGGCGGCGUAUGAUGUUAACCUCGGGACACCAAAACAAAUAUUAUAAUGCAAUGCAUGCGUUCCGUGAGAUUGUUGGACAAGAGGGCUUCUUAGCUCUAUUUCGAGGGGUUACCGCAAAUAUGCUUCUUGGUAUGGCAGGAGCCGGUGUGCUUGCUGGGUACGAUCAGCUAAAUCGUAUCUCAUCUAGACACAGUCAAUAUGAUGGAUCGAACCAAAGAGUUCUGAAAUAAAUGACUGAAUCACGGUGGAUUUUUCAAGGGAAAAAUGUAUUUUUGGAGCUAAAAUGCAUUUUAUCAUAAAAUUAGAAUGAGAAUUUGGGCUCUUCAUUUCAAAAUUUUGGUCCAAAGGACCAAAAUACAAGAAACAAGCUUUUGGACAUGAUAGCGGCCAAAGGUAUUAGUCCUAUAAACCAAACUUUGAACAUGAUAAACUUGAUUGUUAGAUCCUCACAUGUCAUUCUCCCUUUUGUUAAUAGCCAAUUCUUAAAAAUUCAUAGACUUAGGUGCUUAAAAUUAUUGUGGUUUAGGGAAGGGGGGCACAGGGAAGGAUAAUUGAAAAUGUAUUCAAGACUGCAAUUGCAGUUAAUCAAUGUCUCUGUUCCUCCAAUGAAUUUUGUUCAUCUGACCUUUUUAAUUUGUGAGUAGUAUUCAAGCCAUACUUAAAUUAUUUUC